AUGAACCGCGAAAUCCCUGGCUAUUACUAUGAUAAUGAGAAAAAAAAGUAUUUCAAGAUCGAAAGGACGCAUACGGCGCCCUCGUCAGCUGCCUGGUCGUCGGAUGCCGUGAAAAGGCGCAAAGUUGAGCACGAGGCUCAAAAACUCGCUGAGCACCAAGCGGACCAAAUAAAGAGACACAUCAAGCGCCAUUUCGUUGCUGGACAUACAGUCACGUCCGCACUUCUAACGAGGGAGAUUGGACUUCCCUAUGUCACCGAGAGAGGCCGCAGUAGAGUAGAGGAUGAAGACCUUGGUGCUGCAGCGUGGGCAAGAGGCUCAGUGGCCAAAGGCAACGUCCCUUUUGCACCAAGCUUUGCAAGAGAGCGACGUGCAAAUAUGCCGUGCUUUUAUGUCUCCGGGGACGAUGAGAAGACCGGUCUAGGGGCUUCCUAUGCCACUUUGGAUGAGGAGACUUUGGUGGGAAGCUAUAUCCCUACAGAUGAGAAUGACGAAAUUCAUUUCUCACGAGAAGCACCCAGUUCUUCUGGCAGAACCCUAUCAUUCCGUACAGAGGCGGUACGAUGUCCACAGAUGUCAUCAAUCAAGUAUCAUCAGCCUUCACAUACAAUACUCUUGACUUCACGCGAACCUGACAACACCUGCGGAAUAUACUUCUUUUCACCACGACUGUCAAACCAUAGGGACACCGAUCGCCCGCAAUGGCUGCUUGGCGAAUCAAUUCUCUACCAGAGAGUCGCUGUCCCUAAUGAGGGACGUGGUGAAUGGAUGGUUCACAAUAGCACGCCAGCACCUUCAUCUUCGGACCUUAUUUGUGUUGCUAGCUCUAACAGAGGCCUCCUUAGAAUGCAUUCCGAAGGGAGCGUCUCGGUGGUGGCUCCAAGAGCCGCUCAAAACGGUAUACAACUCCCACAAGAAACGUUUGCGCAAGAUUUCCAAGAGGGGAACCACAACGUUGUGUUCACUGGCGGGAGGCAACCCAGACUUUGGAUAACAGAUCUUCGCGCCCCUGAACCGCAAUGGUCGUUUGCAAAUCAUGCAAGCUCCAUCUCCCACAUCAAGAGUGUAAACCCACAUCAAGUGCUGGCAUCGGGAUUGAAGAGCUCGAUGGCUCUCUACGACGUACGCCAUCUUACAAGUGACCCACGUGGAACAAAGCCACUACUGUAUUUUAACGGGCACCGCAACGAGGCUCAUUUUCACAUUGGUUGGGAUGCCAGUCCGGAGCUGAACGUCGUUGCUGCGGCACAGGACAAUGGGACAAUAAAGCUCUUUUCACUGAAAUCGGGCCAUCAACUACGUUGUUCAGCUGUUGGGACUAUUCACGUUGAUUCGCCCGUCAAGGCGCUGAUGUUCCAGAGGAUGCCCAGGGAAAGAAUGCCCAGUCUUUUUGUCGGGGAGGGGCCUUUACUAAGGAAGUUUUCUUUUGGAAUACGGGACUGGGGUGAUGAGGCGUGA